GGAAAUAAUCUAGAAUGGAUGCCAAACAAAACCGGAAGGUGCUGUUUGCAACUGCGCAGUUGUGAGGCCAACAACAAAGCCCCACUUUCCAUUCGGGGCGCGACACCUUCCCGGUCUCGUUCUCAACCAACUCAAACUCUGAGUUUAACAACCCCCAUCCCAUUUACGAGCAAAAAAUACGGUCGAUUGCCAAAAGUCGACCCGAAAAUACAAUGCCGCCCACCAUCCCCCAGCGCGGCGGCCCGAGUGGCCUGAAGCGUUCCAGCAUCGCUGGCAAAACGCUCCCAAAGACAGGAGCAAAGCGCCAUCGGAAGAUCAUCAAAGACUGUAUUCGUGGUAUCACGAAACCGGCCAUUCGGCGUAUGGCUCGUCGUGGCGGCGUCAAGCGUAUCUCAGCCACUAUUUACGAUGAAGCGCGCCACGCGCUCAAAACCUUCCUGACCACCGUCUUGCGUGACGUCGUCACAUACACAGAGUACCGCAACGCGAAGACCGUGACCGCUAACGACGUCAUCUUUGCCCUCCGCCGCAUUGGCCGGCCGAUUUACGGAUUCGAUCCCGACACUCAUAAUCCGAGAAAGGAGAAGUCGACAAAUGUGCGUCGGAAUGAUCAGGAUUAAUCUCGAAGCCCGGGGCUUUUUCUUCUCCGCGUGCCUCAGCUGUAUACGCGCCAACUGAUUUCUCAUGUUGCUCUUGUGAUUUGGGGCCGGAAGCAUUAUACCAAAACGUAGUUGUUUGUCUUUUUCACGGCUGGAGUACGGACAGGGUGGGCUCUGCGAUAUAUACGGCACCAUGUUGGGAGCUGCUGUAUACAGGACGGGUCUCAAUAACCGGACGGAAGGGUGAAGGGUGCAAGGGCCAGAGCUAGUAUAUGAGACUAGGACUUUGUGCUAAAAUGCGACCUGAACUCUGCUACAAAA